AUGGGCGAUAUCAAAAAGCGCAAGACGUCGCACGACGGCUUCUCGGCCAAGGUCGCCAAUACGAAGAAGACAAAGCCGUCCCCGGCCGAGUCCGUCGACGUCGAAUCGUCCGAAUCAGAGCCUGAAGCCGAAGACAACGCGACCACUGCUGAAGAAGCCAAAAAGACGUUCAAGGACCUCGGUAUCGUCGACUCCUUGGUUGAAGCCUGCGACGAGCUUGGCUAUAAACAUCCGACACCAAUCCAGGCCCAGUCAAUUCCACAUGCACUGAACGACCGCGACAUCAUUGGUUUGGCAGAGACAGGUUCCGGCAAGACGGUCGCUUUCGCACUUCCGAUCCUACAAAAUCUCCUCAAGAAACCCCAGGCCUUCUACGGACUUGUUCUCGCCCCCACAAGAGAGCUGGCCGCGCAGACUGCCCAAGCUUUCGAAGCACUCGGCUCCUUGAUUAACCUUCGAGUAUCAGUCAUCGUUGGUGGCUUGGGCUCGGUGGAGCAGGCGAUUUCCUUGGGAAAGAAGCCUCACAUCAUCGUGGCAACACCCGGGCGUCUUGUGGACCACCUUGAGAACACCAAGGGGUUCUCCCUGCGGUCACUUAAAUAUCUGGUCAUGGACGAGGCAGACAGGCUUUUGGACAUGGACUUCGGCCCCAGCAUCGACAAGAUCCUCAAGUUCGUCCCCCGCGAACGCCGCACCUUCCUCUUCUCCGCCACCAUGAGCUCCAAGAUCGAAAGCCUCCAGCGGGCCAGUUUGCGCGACCCCGUGCGCGUCAGCGUCAGCACCGACAAAUACCAGACCGUCUCGACACUCAUCCAGAACUACCUCUUCAUCCCGCACACCCACAAAGACACCUACCUCAUCUACCUCGUCAAUUCGUUCGCCGGCCAGAAGAUUGUCAUCUUCACAAGAACCGUGGUGGAGACCCAGAGAUUGGCCAUCCUGUUGCGCACCUUGGGCUUCGGCGCCAUUCCCUUGCACGGACAGCUGAACCAGUCGGCGCGUCUGGGUGCCCUGAACAAGUUCAAGACAGGCUCUCGCGACAUUCUUGUGGCGACGGAUGUGGCUGCCCGUGGUCUGGAUAUCCCCAAAGUCGACGUUGUUCUGAACCACGACCUCCCCCAAGACAGCAAGACAUACGUCCAUCGUGUCGGACGUACGGCGCGUGCUGGAAAGUCGGGUGUCGCUCUCAGUCUUGUCACCCAGUACGAUCUGGAGAUCUACCUGCGCAUUGAGGCAGCCCUGGGCAAGAAGCUCGAGGUAUACCCAACGCAAGAUGACGAGGUGAUGGUGUUCCAGAGCCGCGUUGAGGAGGCGCAGAGGCAUGCGAGAGUGGAGAUGAAGAACAUGAUGGAGUCGUCCAAGGGCAAGAGGGGUUCCGUGAUGAAGACUACCAUGAGGGGUAGCAAGAGGCGUCACGACGGUAUGGACGCCGAGGAGGGCUAA